CAGCAAAAACACAAAUAGACAGAUGCGCCGAAUUUACGCAUGACUUGACAUUUUUUUGGAAGGAGUAGUGACGGUGUGUGACACAAAUACAAACAUUUUCUUCACAUCAGUUCAGUGAUCGCAAUUUAUCUCAUUCUUGAAAAAUCUGACGCUUUGGUUGUUAUUACUCAGCAUGGGACGGGACGGUUUUCUGACUGGAUUAUAUAAAGCUUGUUGUCAGAUUAUGUGAGCCGAUCUGUGUUAUAACCCUUUUUAAUUUUUCUUUCAACGUAUCCUCACAACCAAUGCACGACUCCAGCAUUAGAACUAAACAAUCCAAAAAUGACGUUUUGCGUGUGGUGCUAGAUGAACCUCGAAUCUAUAUGGAGGAAUCUUUGGGUUCAGUUAUGAUCCGUGGUGAAGUCAUCGUUCAUUUUCUUAAGGAUACACCUAUCCAGGGACCUAUCGAGUUGCUCUUCGAAGGUAUUCAGAGAUUCGAAAUCUGGCCAGAAUUAAUGGCGGGUAGCUUAUUGUGUCCACCCACUGAAACCAAACUUCGGGUGAUCAAACUGUCUCUGCCUCCUCCUAACUCCAAAGGUAUUAUGCCUUCAGGUAUUCAACGAUUUCCUUUUGAAUUUCCCAUUCCAUCAACACUGCCGACUACUGUUUAUAUUCCUGGACGUAUCGAAAUCUUCUAUCAGAUCAGUGCAACAAUUCGUCGUUCUAAAACUUCAGAAGACCAUGAUUUUAAGAAUAAUCUAAAUUUAAUUGAUUGGGUAUACCGUAAUAGCAUCAAAAAAGACUAUGUUACCUGCACACCUAUACGAAUUGUCCGUUCCAUAAAAUCAGUUACCUCUAAUAGUCUAACCACAACCAAUGACAACCAAUCAAGUGAUGUAAGCUUUCCCGCUCAUUUAAACACGCGUGAUCCGAUGAUUGAAGAUCCACCCCAGUCACCAUGGAUAUACGGCGCACUAAAUCAAAAUCAAGGUACAUUGGACGAAAUACAUGAUCAGCUGGUGCAUUCCUUAUCUGAUCGAACUAGCGGGAAUUUGGACCAGCAUGCUUCAAUGCUGGAUAGUGUGCAAGGGAUCCGAUACAAGCUCAGUAUUGACCGUACCGCUAUUGCUAUAGGCACACGUAUUGGUGUUGAAUUGAUGAUCGAGCCUACUUUAGCCAAAGCUACUAUUAAAUCUGCUGUGUUAAAAGUUUCUGAAAGCCGAAAAUAUGUUAUGAAAAUCCCAAAAAAGCGUAGUAACUAUGGUUUGCCGUAUGAAACCAAGAAAACUUCAGAAUGUGUGAGAAUGUUAUUGAAGUGGGCAUAUGGCUAUCCGCUGAAAACUGAUCAAAUAGAAGGGAAUUUAGAUGACAAGAAUAAAUCUCAUCAGACGAGUCAACCAAAAGACAAAUAUAUCUAUCAGCGCUGCUCAAAUGACCAAUCUUUAGUCUACUCGGAUCCUCCUCAAAUUGGAAGUACCAAAGAGAAAUCAUUCAGUGAUCUCAACAAAAAGCCUGAAAUGAUGCUGGAUUUGGAAAAUGGUGCACAUGAGAGCAGUAUCCCUAAACCUGUCUCGGAAACAUGUGAUUUUUUAAAUUUAAAGGAACUGAAUCAGGAAGUUAAUAUUGGGGAGUACUUUAGUGGGCGCUUCGUUAUGCCGGCUCCAGACUGUUCGAAUUUAUUACGACCCAGCAUGGAACAUGAAUCAAUCACUAUCAGCCAUUGGGUUCAUCUAAUAGUAACAAUUGAAUGCAACGGAAAGGUAUUCGAUCUGAUAUUGGAAACUCCUGCUCGUUUUUUAGACUGUCGUGUAGUAUCUGUCGAUGAUGAAUGCCAAACAAUUUUACCACCUCCACCUAGCUAUAAACCUGGAGAUGGUCACCUUUAUCAAGAAAAUAUUUGGUCCGCUAGUACUUUCUGGCAACAACGUGAAGCUAUAACCAACGUGUCUGGAUGGGGGUCCUGUAUGCCAUGUCCUUGUCAGUUUAAGAAGCUGAAAUCUAUUAAAGAUAAAAAUAAUCUGGGUAGCAACGGAGAGAGUAUAAAGUCACCAAAUAAUGGUACAUAUAAAGAUUGUCCCCCUAACGUUUUACCUGAAUGGGGACCCCCACCAUGUUACUCUGAAAAUUAAUACCUCCUAUAGAUUAUAGCACUAGCUCCUUAUAAAUAAUAAACUUGAUAGAUACCAACAGCA